AUGAAAGCUCAGAUGCUCAACACGCUCCAAGUAUUGGUAGUCCUCGGCUGGAUCAUUACAAUGGUAACAGCCGCCAACAUCCGGGAAUGCGUCGUCGCCACCGAUUGCAAGGAUAAGAGAUACGAUUGCGUCCGCUUCAUCUGUACCUGUUUACCGCAGUACAGAUCAGGAGAGGACGACUGCCAAGAGGUGACCAUUCAGGUGGAUGCUCCUGAAACCACCAACAAGACAAACGUCGUGGGUGUAAGAUUGAGGUAUCUCAGCAAGAAGUAUCAGUCCAGCCUGAGCGAGUCUGAUACAUUCAUAAUCACUGCUUGGGUAAUGCUCACAGCUUAUAUCCCUUUGCUCAUAUGCUUCUGCUGCCUACUUUCUAAUAACUGCUACAACGAGUGUUUCGGAUGUCCCAAUGCUGCCGACCUAGAGUAGAACGCUUUCAUCCAACAAAAAAAAAACAUAAUUACCAAAAUAUAGGCACUGUCAAAUGGAUUAGUAAAGUAUAGCACCCACCAAUAGUUAAAAAAAAAUAUGCUUAGGAUAAAUUAAAUCAAAAUAGCUUGAA